UGCAAAUUGCAAAGUGUGAACCAGAAAGGAAAAAAAAUACCAACGACUGGUUUUGGACUCCAUAGACUUUUGCUUUAACAUACCUCUCUCUCUCUCUCUUCCUUCUAUGGCUUCCAUGAACAGGUGAUUUGAUGCUUUCCGGCUGUUAAUUUCCGGACCACGAGGGUUUUUGUGGCGGGAGGUUAAGUUCGGACUUUGAUUUGAUCUUUAAGUUCUGUACAAGGGCAUUCACGGGAUUGAUUCAGUUUUUCUAGUUUGGCUUCAAAGUUGAGCUAUUUUGAGUUAUGCAAUGUGAUGAGUAACUACUGACUUAAUCGUUUGAUAAAGUUGGUAUGGAGGUUCCGAAUUUGUAUGCAUUUGAUCAGAACUCAUCAACAUCAUGCAAAUGUUAUAAAGUUGCAAACUUGAUUCAGACUAUUGUGGAUGCUACUGAAAUUUCAAAUUUUAAAGAUCGGUAUGUUCUUGGAGAGCAAUUAGGAUGGGGACGAUUUGGUAUCAUUAGGGCAUGUAGAGAUAAGGUGACUGGUGAGGUUUUGGCUUGUAAAUCUAUUUCGAAAGAUAGGCUGAUUACCCUUGACGACGUUAACAGUGUGAAGCUUGAAAUUGAAAUAAUGAUUAGGCUGUCUGGACAUCCAAAUGUUGUAAAUCUGGCUGCGGUGUAUGAAGAGGAUAAUUAUGUGCAUCUGUUGAUGGAAUUGUGUGCUGGUGGUGAGCUUUUUCAUCGGCUUGAAAAGCAUGGAAGGUUCUCUGAACACAAUGCUCGAGUUAUUUUUAGGCAUCUAAUGCAAGUGGUUCAGUAUUGUCAUGACCAUGGCAUCGUUCACAGAGAUUUGAAGCCAGAGAACAUUCUCUUAGCUACCAAAUCUUCUUCAUCGCCAAUCAAAUUGGCCGACUUUGGUCUUGCAACGUACAUCAAACCAGGGAAUAAUUUGCAUGGAACAGUUGGAAGUCCAUUUUAUAUUGCACCCGAGGUACUUGUCGGAGAAUAUAACCAGGCUGCUGAUUUGUGGAGUGCUGGUGUCAUUCUUUACAUUCUUCUUAGUGGGAUGCCCCCAUUCUGGGGGAAGACUAAAUCAAGGAUCUUUGAUGCAGUUAGGGCUGCAGAUCUACGGUUCGCACCUGAUCCUUGGGAUACUAUAUCAGCAUUUGCAAGGGACUUGAUUUCUGGAAUGCUUUGUGUCGAUUCUUCUAAGAGGCUUACUGCUGCACAGGUUUUAGCUCACCCCUGGAUGCGGGAUUGUGCCGAGCUAGUGCAGGAAACCUGCGAGCAGGACAACCUUGACUUGGCACGGCUAGAAACAGGCAGAGAGUGUAUCUCUAUCACAUCCAUCAGCCGCGAUCAAGAUUAUAGUUUCAGCUAUCCUUCACCAUUGGUUGGCGAAGGCCAACCAGAGCCAUCUCCUUACUUCACAUCUUCAUUUUCGUCAAUGCCAGCUGAGAACGACACUACCUAUGCGCAAUCUGUAGGUUUCUCAUUCAGCAAUCGUGAUGAGUCAUCGGGUGCAAUAGAGUUACCUUUUCCAAUCCCAUCAAUGUCGAGCUUUGCGUUCUUCAGUCCAGAUUCUGCAGUUAAUGAAGGAGAAGUGCUGUUUCAAUUUGAUGCAAUCGAGUCACAAAUGGAUCCAAUUCAUGGAGCAGAUGGGGAACCAACCUCCACGAAGCGAUUGGUAUUGCCGGACACCUCUCUAUUUGUAAAGCGCGGAGUAGGAGAAAUGACGCAAAGGACGGAAUUUCGUCGAGAAGGGAUGAAUAGGUCUAAAGCUUCGAACAUCCACAGCAGAAGGAAUCAUACCAUUGGACUGGGUGAGUUUGAUCAACUCGAUAUUAUAGUCGCCGAAUCAGUCAUCCGGUGGGUAUCAUGCACACAAAUCCCAACUUCACUCAGAUUAUCACUUGUUUGCUAGAAUGGACAGAGUAAGAUGAUCACGAGGCUGACAUUAACAAGAUGAAGCUGAGCUGAGAUUGUGGUUCUUUGGCCUAGUUUAUGCAGUUUGAAGGAACUGCGGUUCUUUUUUCUCGUUUACGUACUGGUUUUUCAAUGUAAUUGUAUUGUAAUACGCCUUAAUUUGAGUUUGAUUCAUAAUGAUCGAUUUGCAACA